AGCAAGGCUUUGGGGUUUCACGUUACAUUAUCCCGCUCCCUGUGUGAAGUCGGAACUCGGGGGUGUGAAUGAGCCGAGGCUCGCGGCUGGUGGCAGAACACCGCGUUUGUCCCUCGAAACGCCGAGCAAACAGCCGGACGGACGCGCGCCCCGCGGCUUCGGGGCUCCGUUACGCGUCCGGGAGAGACCGGGAGGCGGACGAUCCGCGCACACGGGGAGCGUUCCCGGAGCGGCACUGAUGUCCUGCACAGACCGCCGCCGCCGCUGCACGGACCGAACCGGGCCGUGGAGCCACCGAACCAGGAGAAUGACGGCAGACGCGAGGGAAACGGCGCGCCACGAAGGAGGGCAACGCGGGGCGCGUGUGCGCGGCGAAGCGGUGCCCUAGAUCCGCGCAGCGUCCGACGUCUCUGUCGUCCGGGCUCGUUUUCCAGCGGUCACGGAAUGGCCCGCACCUGAAAAAACGGCAGCACCUCGUCCGUGCGUAAACGUGGACAUCCGUGCCUGUUCGCCGCACUUUUUAACUGUGCGUACGACGAAUUAUGUUUGUUUUGUCACUAACUCACGUCCUGUCCCACGACCACGCUGCUGCGGCGGCAUUCUAGACUUCCUCAUACUUCAUAUCUGCCAUGAGUGAUGGCGAUGCCCGCGGAUUCUGACUGCACCGGUGCGCAGAGCCUCGGCGCACCGGACCGCAACGGCUACGCCAAAACACGUGGCGCCCCGCCGCGCCGCGCCCGAGACUGCGCGUCGUGGGCGAGGUUCGCGCUCGCGAAAGCGUGGGGCUCCCACAGACUCCGGAGCGCGCUGUGCGUGGGGUCGCUCUCGCUUUUCCUCGCCCUGCUGGUGAAGUGCGCGGAGCGGAGCGCCGAAGCCGGCGGCGGCCUCUCGUCCCCACUCCACGUCGCGUCGCGCUGCGCGGCGGAGCUGCUGCAAACUUGCUGGGGCGCGCUCUCGCCGCUCCUCACCCUCGCGUGUGCCUUCUUCUGGGUCGGCGUGUACUCGGUCCGCGGCGGCGUCCCGGCGCGCACCGCCCUCUCCCUCCUCACCCUGUGCCACCUGGGCGAGGCGGCGGCGCGGUCUCUCCUGGACGGGGCGGAUGCGCGCCCGCUCCCCUGCGCCACGGCGGCCGCGGUCGCGCUCGCCUGCGUGCUCGCCGGCUCACUCAUGGUGGCGCGGCUCGACCGCGGCGUCUCUGUGAUCGUCUUCCUCAGCCUCGUGCGGAGCGUCUCGCUCUUCUCGCUGCACAGAGUGCGGGCCGCCUGGAGGCCGUACGUGGCGUACCUGGUGGGGGUGCUGGGCAUCCUGCUGGCGAGGCAUGCGGACAGGCUGCUUCCCGGCGCCGAGCGACGCGAGGAGGGCUGCACCCCCGUGACCGAGUCCAGGGAAGAGGUCCCUGUGUUUAAAAGGCGCAGGAGGUCGAGUUCUGUGAUCGCCUCAGACAUGGCACACAGUCAGUCCAACAGCAAGUCGCACCGUCGGACGUCGCUGCCGUGCAUCCAGCGGGAGCAGAUGCUCCCUCGCUCAGACUGGGACCACAAGCGGGCGUCUCGAGGAUCACAGUCGUCGGGUACCACGGUGAUGGUGGACAUAGCGGUGAUGGGAGAGGCCCACGGACUCAUCACGGAUCUGCUGGCCGACCCCUCUUUGCCCCCCAACACCUGCACCUCGCUGCGGGCCGUCAGCAACCUGCUCACCACACAGCUCACCUUCCAGCCGCUGCACCGGCCGCGCCCUGCUCCCCCGCUCAACCUCAGCGAUGCCUACACCUGCUCCGACUCGGAGGAGGGACCCGAAAAAGGGGAGAAGACGUCGAUCCACAAGCGCUUGAGGCGGAGUCUCCACCCCGCUCUCCUGAGGCGGAUCUCCUCCACGUGGACCACCACCACCUCCGCCACGGGCCUGCCCACCAUCGAACCCGGGCCCGUUCGCAGGGACCGCAGCGCCAGCAUCAAACCGUACCACGAAGCGCUCACCUGCAGCUGUGGGAGACCUUACAUCAGACUGGGCCACGGCGAAGGCUCCUUAGACAAGGGCGACAGAGUCCCACGCUCAGCAGACGACCACGUCGUCGUCUCAUCAGACUAUGACAGCACCCACGAAGCCAAUCACAGCGACAGCAGCGACGUAGCGCCCACGGAGGAGGACGCGGAGGAGGGAAAAGGCCUCCUGCACCCGCUAAUGCCAGCAGAGGACAAGCCCAUUUUAGCCCCAGAGCCGUUAGUAAUGGACGACUUAGAGCCACUGAUGAGUCAGCUGAACAACUGGAACUUCCCCAUCUUCUGCUUGAUGGAGAAGACCAGUGGGAAGUGUGGACGGAUCCUGAGUCAGGUUUCGUACCGGCUCUUCGAAGACACUGGCCUGUUUGAGACCUUUAAGAUCCCGGUCAAAGAGUUCAUGAACUACUUCUGCGCCCUUGAGAACGGCUACAGAGACAUACCAUAUCACAACCGGGUCCACGCCACAGACGUGCUUCACGCUGUCUGGUACCUCACCACGCAGGCCGUGCCCGGCCUGCCCAGCCUCAUCGCCGACCACGGCUCGGCCAGCGACUCGGACUCUGACAGUGGAAUAACACACAGUCACAUGGGCUUCCUGGUUUCUAAGACCUACACUGUGUCUGAAGACGGUUACGGCUGCCUGUCCGGCCUCAUACCUGCUCUGGAGCUCAUGGCUCUUUACGUGGCCGCCGCCAUGCACGACUACGACCACCCCGGCCGCACCAACGCCUUCCUGGUAGCCACCAGCGCCCCACAGGCGGUGCUCUACAACGACCGCUCGGUUCUGGAGAACCACCACGCUGCCUCGGCCUGGAACCUCUUCAUGUCGCAGCCGGAGUACAACUUCCUGGUGAACCUGGACCAUGUGGAGUUCAAGCGUUUCCGUUUCCUGGUCAUUGAGGCCAUUCUGGCCACGGAUCUGAAGAAGCACUUUGACUUCCUGGCUGAGUUCAACGCCAAGGUGGGCGAUGAAUCCACAGGCAUCGACUGGUCCAACGAGAACGACAGGCUGCUGGUGUGCCAGAUGUGCAUCAAACUCGCCGACAUCAACGGACCGCUCAAAUGCAAGGAGCUGCAUCUGCAGUGGACGGAGGGCAUCGUCAACGAGUUCUACGAGCAGGGCGAUGAGGAGUCCAGCCUGGGCCUCCCCGUCAGCCCGUUCAUGGACCGAGCAGCGCCGCAGCUGGCCAAACUCCAGGAAUCCUUCGUCACACACAUUGUGGGGCCGCUGUGCAACUCCUAUGACUCAGCUGGACUGAUGCCUGGUCGAUGGGUGGAACCCAACCCAGAGGCCGAAGAGCCGGAGAUCUUGGAGAACGAGGAGGAGGAGGAGGAGGAGGAGGAGGACACUGCAGAGGAAGACACGUCCAGCAGUUCAGAAGCGUCACAGAAAUCUGCUCCCAAGAAGAGGAGGAAAGUCUUCUGCCAGAUCACGCAGCACCUGCUGGAGAACCACGAGAUGUGGAAGAAGGUGAUCUCCGCAGAGGCCCAGAAACAGAGUCAAGGAGGCGAGUCCUCCCACCUGAACAACGUGGCCGACCCCAUCCUGGCCAUCCACGAGGAGGAGGAGGAGCCGGGCAGCAGAGAGGAGCUGGAGGAGGGAGAGGAGCUAGAGGAGGGCGCCGAGGAGGCCGAAUGGCCCUCGUCUCCGCAGGAAGACGUCGGAGCUCCACAGGAACUAGAGGAGGGGGAGCCCCAGUGAAACACGGCAGCCGCGAAGGCGAGAACACGAAGAAGUAUUUAGUUUUUCUUAUCCUAUUAACUGACUCCUGUUUUUGCCAGCACAUCACUUAGACACAACACUGUAGAUGUUUGGGAAAUGUGUGCCUAUAUACAUAAAACAGGGUGGGGGAACUCGUGCUUUACACUUUAUCUGAGCAUCUGGGCUCCCCGAGCAUUUCCAGGAGCUUUCCUUCUGCAAUACGGGACUCUGGGUGCACCUUGGGACACAGACUCCUCUGCUACUGUCAAGAGGAGAACUGAUUGCACAGACCUCAACCCAGCGUGGUAACACAGGACUGCAGACGUUUGCUGCCAGUUUAUACAGUACAUCAUUAUUUUCUGAAUGCAAUUCUAUAUAGACAUCACAGUUACCUGUACUUGUGUUUUGAUUUUAGCAGGUUUUUGAGGUCCGACGUGGCUCCUUUUUUUAUUUCUAGACAUGGGUUCUAAAGGGAGCUAAUUAAAUAAGAACCAUCGGCGUAGCUUUCUUCCUUUUAACUUCUGCCAAACUUAAUCACGUGCCCAUAGGCUCGAACGUACAAAGUCAAACAUUUGGACGUGUUAUGUUUUGCAUUCGUUGCCAAACUAUGUGUAUUGCAUUUUUGUAGGUGUAAUGGUUUCAGGAGAGACUUGAAGCUCGUAACUCUCUGUGUGUGUGGUUGUGACUGUGUUUGAGUGAAUGUGCCCGCAUGCACAGGUCUCCUGCAGGGGGUGGGGGUGAUUCUGCAGACUGGUUACAGUAUGUGUCUCCCACCCCGAGCUGCUGCAGUGCUCAUCAGGCUUCAGUGUUUAACUAGAGAGGCCCCGGAGUUGGAAAACAGGAAGACAAGGAAGGGAGCACACGUUAAAGGGAACAGCUGUGCGUUUGUGAAGCUUUAUAUAAAACUCCUGUUCUGUAUUUGAGUCUGCAGGUUUAACUGUUCCUUCAAAUGACCUUUGACCUUUAACAGACUGGGAUCACGGGCCGAUCCAGAUCGCGUCAAACCAAGGCUGAAGCGCAUGCUGGCGUUCUCUACUUUCUACUUUGACUGUUAUAUCAUUGUUGCAGGUGAACAGGUUUGUAUUUGUCUGUGUUUUGCGCCCAGCGCCUCAGUCGUCCUCCCCGAGAGUUAAGAAUAGGCACAACCCCAGAGUGCAUCAGGCGACAGUACGCGUCAAGCUUCAAUCCGAUACAUGACAUUCAGGACUUAGAUACUCAGGAAAAAUUACUCUGGCAAAUUCACGUGUUUUUAUAUACAGUAUAUUUGAGAAAAUGAUGUUCGAGGUGGAGCCAAGGUUUGAUAGGAGAGUUUUAGGUAUCACUCAGCUGCAUGUGGGACUCUCCCUGUGCUGAAUGUUCGCACGGCCGGCGCGAUGACAGGCGAUGAAGGCCACAGCAAGUGUGUACGGCGACUCCGUGCCAACAUAGAUGCAAUCGUCUCUAGACCAUGACUGGUUCAUGUUAUGAGCGGGUGCGGCCCCGUCGUUCAGCCGAGGUGGAACCGAGGGAGGAGGGGCCCGAGUGGGACGCAAACGCCUCUGAUGAAUAUCCCACUUUACGUCAAUAAUUCACACCUUCAUAGACAUGUUUGAGUGACUUUAAGUGGCUGUUCGGUGUGAGAAUGAGUAAAGUGCUCCACAACGAGUUGCGAGUCAACUUACUGUCACGUCGUGCAGUGAGCCAAUGUGUAAUGAAUUAUCCACUGCUAAUGCUGUCAGGUUCUCGUGACCUACUUGCACAUUGGACUCUAAUGUGGUGCCUCGACACACGGCACCACUGCUUCUCUGAAAUGACUGUGUUUGCUGCUCUCCAGGAUGCAGAACAAAGGCGUCAGCCUGCAGUUUAGAGACCCAGCUCACAGCCCGUCCUGCAGUGAGGAACCUUUUGACCGCACGGUGCUCCCGACUCUGUGAUUUAGGUUUAGUAUAACUAGUUAGUGUGCUUUCAAACAGACAUGUGUCCCAAACACUGAGUGAAGAUCAACCAGCGGCUUGAUGAGAACAACCCUCAUGCUCUCACUUUGUAUCCUCCUGUAAAUUGGCUCUAAGAGGUGACAUCAUUGGCCCAAACCCAGAGGAUACAUUUUAACCAGCUUUUCCUGAAUGGGAUGAGAUUUCACCAGUGUUGAACAGGAAAGAUGGGGAAAAAAGACGUUUCCGAUCCGACUUUGUGAAUGUGUGUGUCUAUUUAAACUCUUCCACUGGCCUCGAGUGUGACUCUGUCCUGUAUCUGACCAAAGUAGGUUGUACUGUUGUACUGCUACUAGAGAUUGUGAAGUGAUGAAGCAGGAGGCAGGUCUAAUGUAAUUGUUAUUCACUGAAGGUCCCGUUGCGUGUUUCACCUCGUGCUUCCUCUUUGAUCUUUGCACCUCUUCGCCUGCAGAGCACUGACGCUCACUGGCUUAUCUCUACAGGUGAUGAGAGACUGCUACAGUAACAUGUCGGCCGUUUCCUUUUUUAAGAGUGGAUGAAGUUAAUACACUAUAUCAGCUGUAAGUGUGAUUUUUAUUUGCUUAUCAUUCUUAUUCAUGUACGUAGCAUAAUUGUAACCAUGGGAACCAAACAAGCUUUACGAUUAUGUAAACACAAAUGAGAAAAGUAUUUUUAUAUAGUUGACACACAAUUAAAUAAUUAAUUGCGUUCUUCUCACUAGUAUCUUGCACUUACCACAUGUCACUUCACAAUUACACAAUGCAGACUAUGUCCAAAUACUCAGUACAGUAUUUGUGAGAGUAAAACGGUGAAUUUCCUGCAGGUCGAUGCUCCAUUUUGUACAAUAUACAUAUAUGCUGUACAGUAAAGAAAUUUUAAAACUACAAAAACUCUUUUAGAAAUACAUUAUUUAUUUUUACCAUUUUGUAAUUUAGACACUAUACUGUAGCUUCAAUAUUGCCAGACUUACUGGAAGUGCCUAUAUUGGUAUUAUGUAUCAUACAGUGAACAUAUUUGAAGAUCAUUAGAAGUUGUCACAAACUGAACCAUGUGGAUGUUGUAAUGUGAAUACAUUGAAUUACAAGACUAUAAUUUCUGUGGUAUCUCUGUGUCUGUGUUGGUUUAUGCUCAUAUUUUGUUUAAAUCCAGAAUCUGCUUCACAUUAAAAUCUACCAGAGAAUGAA